AAAUAACAAAAAAAGAGUUAUUUAUUCAGCAUCCCCUCCUAGUUUUCGUCCUCUUUGUUUGUCUCUUUCUUCUCUCCAAAGCUCCAGCUUUCAGGUCCCAUGGAGUCCCCUCUUUCUACCCUCUCUUCUCGAUGUUUCCCUGUUUAAACCCCAGAAAGUUUCCUACUUUGUUUAGCUGGAAAUACAAGGAAGUUAAUUUUCAUUCCGUUUUGGGAAUUUAGUUGAAGAAAAUGCCGCCACAUCGAUCCAAGUCGGAAAAGAACGGCGGCAUGACCGAGCAUCUUCGUCGAGAUCCUUAUGAGGUGCUUGGGGUCUCCAAAAACUCAACGGAUCAGGAAAUUAAGAGCGCCUACCGAAAAAUGGCUCUGAAGCACCAUCCUGAUAAGAAUGGAAAUGAUCCUGUUGCAGCUGAUAAGUUCAAGGAGGUCACAUUUUCUUAUAAUAUCUUGUCUGAUCCAGAUAAAAGAAGCCAGUAUGAUGCCGCCGGUUUUGAGGCUGUUGAAGCUGAUAACCAAGAAUUGGAGCUAGAUCUUUCGAGUUUGGGGGCUGUGAACACCAUGUUUGCUGCACUUUUUAGUAAACUUGGUGUGCCAAUUAAGACCACUGUAUCCGCGACUGUUUUAGAGGAGGCACUUAAUGGUGCAGUCACUAUUCGCCCACUUUUGCUGGGGCAACCUAUUUAUAGGAAGGUUGAAAAACAAUGUGCUCACUUCUACUCUGUUGCAGUAACAGAAGAAGAAGCAAGAGAUGGGUUUGUUUGCCGAGUACAAUCAUCUGAUAAAAGCAAGUUCAAGUUAUUGUAUUUUGAUCUAGAAGAGAAUGGUGGAUUGAGCCUUGCACUGCAGGAGGAUAGUGCCAAGACAGGAAAAGUUACGGCUGCUGGAAUGUAUUUUCUUGGCUUCCCUGUCUAUUGCCUGGAUCAAACAGUAAAUUCAGUAGCUGCCGCAAAGGAUCCGGAUGCAGCUUUCUUCAAAAAGUUGGAUGGAUUUCAACAGUGUGAAGUAACUGAAUUAAAACCAGGCACACAUGUAUUUGCUGUCUAUGGUGACAACUUUUUCAAAAGUGUAAGUUACACAAUAGAAGCUAUUUGUGCAGCCCCUUUCAUAGAGGAAAAAGAAAACCUUAGAGCGGUGGAAGCAGAGAUUCUGUCCAAACGAGCGGAACUGUCGAAGUUCGAAACCGACUACAGAGAAGUAUUUACUUCCGCAAAUACAAUGUUUAUGCCCGUGUUAAACCCUUUUUCUCUUGUUGACAUUCACGUAAAUUGCUGGCAGGUCCUCGCACAAUUUACUGAAAUGACGAGCAGAUACGCGAACGAAAUGCAAGAGAUCGAUGAGCUUCUCAAACAAAGGAACGAGAUUCAUGCCUCGUACACAACGGUUCCACUAAUUAAGCGGAGUUCGAGUAGGAACAAGAGUAAGGCUGCCUCCGAAGAGGCCAAAGAAGACGGCGAAGUAAGAGACCCUAAACAUUCCACGAGGGAUAGAACUAAGAAGAAGAAAUGGUAUAACAUAAAAGUAGAUGGGGGAAAGCCAUGCUGAACAGGUAAAGUACGGUGUUUCGUUUUCUAGGAAGAUACCCUCCAAUUCGAAUGAACGAUAACGAAUAACCGUUGCUUGAAUCCUGUUGAAUAUCGUAGCAGGUUAUAAAGUUGGCAACUUUGGGGUCUGAAAAAAUUUAC